CUUUUUUUUUUUUAAUUCCAAAAACCUUCCUUUGACCCCCUCCCAAAAAAAAAAACAGCAAAACCUUCACCAAUUUCAGCAGUAUUUAAGCCAUCCCUCCCUCCCAUGCCCACCACAGAGAUUUAGACACCACUCUAAUACCUUUGUAUUUUCAUUUCUUUCGUUUUUGUGAAAAUAAAAAAUAAAAAAGAGCGAGAGAGAGGAACAGACAGAAACUGAAAGAGGAAAACUGAAAACAGUUACCGGUUAUAUUCCCAUUUCCAACAGCCUACAAAGAUGAUAGCUUGCUUGGGACGAAUCGUACACGGCAAUGACGCCGAUUCCAAACCCGGCGACGAUGUUUCCAGCAUAUCUAAAUCCCUAGACCUCCAAGGCAGCAUCGACAGCUUUGAUAUUAACGGCGUAGCCUGUAAAGAUUUCGGUGGUCUUUAUUCAGUUAAGCCGUUAGCUUUAAUUAAACCGUUUGGAGCCGAGGAUAUAGCUCGGGUCGUUAAGGCCGCGUCGCAAACUUCUCAUCUCACGGUUGCGGCGAGGGGUAACGGCCACUCAAUCAACGGUCAAGCGAUGGCUGAUGAAGGACUCGUCAUAGACAUGCGUUCGACGGAGGGAAACCAUUUCAAAUUCUUGACCAUCAAUGGCUCUCCUUAUAUCGAUGUCUCCGGAGGGGCAUUAUGGGAAGACGUCUUGACACGGUGCGUGUCGAGGUUUGGUUUGGCUCCGAGGUCGUGGACCGAUUACCUGAGCUUGACGGUGGGUGGGACUUUAUCAAACGCCGGCGUUAGUGGGCAAGCCUUCCGUUAUGGUCCCCAAACAUCGAACGUCAUAGAAUUGGAAGUUGUAACUGGAAAAGGAGAAAUAACGGGUUGCUCCGAAACCCAAAACUCCGAACUCUUUUUUGGAGUCCUCGGUGGGCUUGGUCAAUUCGGCAUUAUUACCCGAGCAAGGGUUAAGCUGCAGCCAGCUCCGGACAUGGUAAGAUGGAUAAGGGUAGUGUAUUCCGAGUUUGAGGAAUUUUCUCGGGAUGCUGAGUUUCUGGUUUCUCAGAAAGAAGGUGAGUCGUUUGAUUACGUAGAAGGGUUCGUAUUCUCCAACAAUGACGACCCGAUUAAUGGUUGGCCAUCCGUGCCAUUGGACCCAGACCAUGGCUUCAACCCUGUUCGCAUCCCUAAAACUGCUGGCUCAGUACUAUACUGCCUCGAAGUGGCUUUCCAUUACCGCAACUGUGACCACCGUUCAACUGUAGAUACGGCAGUAAGCAGACUUCUUGGUCGGCUGGGAUUCGUGGACGGGUUGAAGUCCCAGUUGGAUGUCAGCUAUACGGAGUUCUUAUUGCGUGUCAGACAAGCGGAAGAACACGCGAAAGCCAAUGGCAUUUGGGACAGCCCUCACCCCUGGUUGAACCUCUUCGUCUCCAAAUCAGACAUCGUUGAUUUUGAUCGAACUGUGUUUAAAAAGAUGGUGAAAGAUGGAGUCGGUGGACCGAUGUUGAUCUACCCUCUUUUGCGAAACAAAUGGGAUAAUCGAAUGUCUGUGGCGCUACCGGAAGGUGAAAUCUUCUACCUCGUGGCGUUGCUCCGGUUCGUUCCCAAGGGCCCAUUGGUUGAAAAAUCGGUUGCACAAAACCAUGAGAUUGUCAAGUGGUGCAUCAAAGAGGGUUUGGAUUUCAAGCUAUACCUCCCUCACUACCAGUCAAAAGAGGAUUGGAAACGACAUUUUGGGAAUCAAUGGACAAGAUUUGUGGAGAGGAAGGCCAGUUUUGAUCCUAUGGCCAUCCUUGCACCUGGACAAAAAAUUUUUACAAGGACCCAUCAAUCUUAAUGAGUAGGCCAUUGUAAUUUUUGUUAAUUCAGCAUACCAAAUCGAUAAUCUUUAAUGUUUCUCAUUAAUUGAUGGUCAGGUCAAGUCAUGUCAAUUUGCAUUUGGUAGACAAUAAACGUUGGAUUAUCAAUGUAAAGGAAAAAAAGUCUUGAUCAGAUAAUUUGGUUCUUGUUAUUUUUGGUUUCUCUUCCCACAUUAA